CAGAGCAGUCCCGGCCACGGCUCUGUGAGCAGCGAGUUCGAGCCCCACGCCCGCUGCGCUUGGCUUCUCUCGAUCCCGGUCGUUGGGCCUCCCGCCGCCAGAUCCCGGCAGCUCGCUGUGCAUCGCGCUCUCCCCCCGCCGCCAGGAUGCCUGCAACCGAGAAGGACCUGGCGGAGGACGCACCUUGGAAGAAAAUCCAACAGAACACGUUCACGCGCUGGUGCAACGAGCACCUCAAAUGCGUGAACAAACGCAUCGGGAACCUGCAGACGGACCUGAGCGAUGGGCUGCGGCUGAUCGCGCUGCUGGAGGUGCUCAGCCAGAAGCCCAUGUGCCGCAAGUACCAUCAGCGGCCCACCUUCCGCCAGAUGCAGCUCGAGAACGUGUCCGUGGCGCUGGAGUUCCUGGAGCGUGAGAACAUCAAGCUCGUGUCCAUCGAUAGCAAAGCCAUUGUGGAUGGGAACCUGAAGCUCAUCCUGGGCCUGGUAUGGACCCUGAUCCUCCACUACUCCAUCUCCAUGCCCGUGUGGGAGGAUGAAGGCGAUGAUGAUGCCAAGAAGCAGACACCGAAGCAGAGGUUGCUAGGAUGGAUUCAGAACAAGAUCCCUUACUUGCCUAUCACCAACUUUAACCAGAACUGGCAAGAUGGCAAAGCCCUGGGAGCCCUCGUGGACAGCUGUGCUCCAGGUCUGUGCCCAGACUGGGAGAACUGGGAUCCUCAGAAGCCUGUGGAUAAUGCACGGGAAGCCAUGCAGCAGGCAGACGACUGGCUUGGGGUCCCCCAGGUGAUCACUCCUGAAGAAAUCAUUCACCCCGAUGUGGACGAACAUUCAGUGAUGACUUACCUGUCCCAGUUUCCCAAAGCCAAACUCAAGCCGGGAGCCCCACUGAAACCCAAACUCAACCCGAAGAAAGCCAGGGCCUAUGGCAGAGGAAUCGAACCCACGGGAAACAUGGUGAAGCAGCCAGCCAAAUUCACGGUGGACACCAUCAGUGCCGGCCAAGGAGAUGUGAUGGUGUUUGUGGAGGACCCAGAGGGGAACAAAGAGGAGGCACAAGUGACCCCCAACAGUGACAAGAACAAGACCUACACCGUGGAGUAUCUGCCCAAGGUUACUGGGCUACACAAGGUCACAGUCCUCUUUGCAGGACAGCACAUCUCCAAGAGCCCAUUUGAAGUAAAUGUGGACAAGGCUCAGGGUGAUGCCAGUAAAGUCACUGCCAAAGGCCCAGGCUUGGAAGCUUCUGGAAACAUCGCCAAUAAACACACCUACUUUGACAUCUACACGGCAGGUGCCGGCGUGGGUGACAUUAUUGUGGAGGUAGAAGAUCCCCAAGGAAAGAAUGUCAUAGAGUUGGUUGUGGAAGACAAAGGAAACCAGGUCUAUCGAUGCGUGUACAAACCACUGCAGCCCGGCCCCCAUGUGGUCAAGGUCUCCUUUGCUGGGGACACCAUUCCCAAGAGUCCUUUUGCCGUGCAUAUUGGGGAAGCCUGCAGUCCAAAUGCCUGUCGGGCCAGUGGCCGAGGCCUGCAGCCCAAAGGCGUUCGCAUCCGGGAGACUGCCGACUUCAAAGUUGACACCAAAGCUGCUGGGAGCGGGGAGCUCAGCGUGACUGUGAAGGGGCCUAAGGGGCUGGAGGAGCUGGUGAAGCAGAAGGGCUUUCUGGAAGGAGUCUAUGCAUUUGAGUACUAUCCCAGCACCCCAGGGAAAUACAGCAUUGCCAUCACUUGGGGGGGACACCACAUUCCAAAGAGUCCCUUUGAAGUUCAAGUUGGUCCUGAAGCAGGCAUGCAGAAAGUCCGUGCUUGGGGUCCUGGGCUCCAUGGUGGUGUUGUUGGCCGAUCGGCAGACUUUGUGGUAGAGUCCAUUGGCUCUGAAGUGGGAUCUCUUGGGUUUGCCAUUGAAGGCCCCUCCCAAGCGAAAAUUGAUUAUGAUGACCAGAAUGAUGGAUCAUGUGAUGUCAAGUACUGGCCCAAGGAGCCUGGUGAAUAUGCCGUUCACAUCAUGUGUGAUGAUGAGGACAUCAGAGACAGUCCGUACAUGGUCUUCAUCCAACCGGCUUCGGGAGACUACAACUCAGAUCUGGUCCAAGCAUAUGGACCAGGUUUGGAAAAAUCUGGAUGUAUUGUCAACAACGUGGCUGAGUUCGUCGUGGAUCCAAAGGAUGCUGGAAAAGCUCCCUUAAAGAUAAUGGCUCAGGACGGAGAUGGAAAUCCUAUUGACGUCCAGAUGAAGAGCCAGAUGGAUGGCACCUAUGCCUGCUCGUAUACCCCAGUGAAGGCCAUCAAGCAUACGAUUGCCGUGGUCUGGGGAGGUGUGAACAUUCCACACAGUCCCUACAGGGUCAAUAUCGGACAGGGUAGCCAUCCCCAGAAGGUGAAAGUAUUUGGGCCCGGCGUGGAGAGAAGCGGGCUGAAGGCAAAUGAGCCAACUCACUUCACAGUGGACUGCACUGAGGCUGGAGAAGGUGAUGUCAGCGUUGGCAUUAAAUGCGAUGCCCGUGUAUUAAGUGAGGAUGAGGAAGACGUGGAUUUUGACAUUAUUCAAAAUGCCAACGACACCUUCACUGUCAAAUACAUGCCUCCUGCGGCUGGGCGAUACACCAUCAAAGUUCUCUUUGCCACACAGGAAAUCCCCGCCAGUCCUUUCCGAGUCAAAGUCGACCCUUCCCAUGAUGCCAGCAAAGUCAAGGCAGAAGGCCCCGGGCUCAGCAGAGCAGGUGUAGAAAAUGGGAAACCGACCCACUUCACUGUGUAUACUAAGGGAGCUGGAAAAGCCCCACUCAACGUGCAGUUCAGCAGCCCUGUGCCUGGCGAGGCGGUGAAGGAUUUAGACAUCAUCGACAACUAUGACUACUCCCACACUGUUAAAUACACACCCAUUCAGCAGGGCAGCAUGCAGGUGCUGGUCACCUACGGCGGUGAUCCCAUCCCCAAAAGUCCUUUCACUGUGGGCGUUGCUGCUCCGCUGGAUCUGAACAAGAUAAAAAUUAACGGGCUGGAAAACAGAGUUGAGGUUGGGAAGGACCAGGAGUUCACCAUUGACACCAAGGGAGCAGGAGGCCAGGGGAAGUUGGACGUGACCAUCCUGAGCCCCUCGAGGAAGGUGGUGCCUUGUCUGGUGUCACCCAUGACAGGCCGAGAGAGCAAUGUGGCCAAGUUUAUUCCUCGGGAGGAGGGCAUCUAUGCCGUGGACGUGACCUACGAUGGACACCCCAUACCUCGGAGUCCCUACACCGUGGAAGCCUCUCUGCCACCAGAUCCCACCAAGGUGAAGGCCCAAGGUCCUGGCCUUAAAGGUGGGCUUGUGGGCAAACCUGCCGAGUUCACCAUCGACACCAAAGGGGCUGGAACUGGAGGCUUGGGCUUGACCGUGGAAGGUCCAUGCGAGGCUAAAAUCGAAUGCUCUGACAACGGCGAUGGGACCUGCUCUGUCUCCUACCUCCCCACCAAGCCAGGGGAAUACUUCGUCAACAUUCUCUUUGAAGACGUGCACAUUCCUGGCUCUCCCUUCAAAGCCAACAUUGAGAUGCCCUUCGACCCUUCUAAAGUGGUGGCGUCUGGACCAGGCCUGGAGCAUGGGAAAGUGGGAGAAGCCGGGAUGCUUAGUGUGGACUGUUCGGAAGCAGGGCCCGGGGUCCUGGGCCUGGAGGCCGUCUCAGAGUCGGGGGCUAAGGCCGAAGUCCGGAUUGAGAACAACCAAGACGGCACGUACGCGGUGACCUAUGUGCCGCUGACCGCGGGCAUGUAUACGCUGACCAUGAAAUACGGCGGGGAGCUCGUGCCACACUUCCCUGCCCGCGUCAAGGUGGACCCUGCCGUGGACACCAGCAAAGUCAAAGUCUUCGGGCCAGGAAUAGAAGGAAAAGAUGUGUUUCGUGAGGCUACCACUGACUUCACAAUUGACUCCAGGCCUCUGACAAAGGUGGGGGGCAAACACAUCAAGGCCCACAUUGCCAACCCCUCAGGUGCCGCCACCGAGUGCUUCAUCACCGACAAUGCCGAUGGGACCUACCAGGUGGAGUACACGCCCUUUGAGAAAGGCCUCCAUGUGGUAGAGGUGACAUAUGAUGAUGUGCCCAUCCCAAACAGUCCCUUCAAAGUGGCUGUAACCGAAGGCUGCCAGCCCUCUCGGGUUCAAGCCCAAGGACCAGGAUUGAAAGAAGGAUUUACCAACAAGCCCAAUGUCUUUACCGUGAUUACCAGAGGGGCAGGAAUUGGUGGACUUGGCAUAACUGUCGAGGGACCUUCAGAGUCAAAGAUAAACUGCAGAGAUAACAAGGAUGGUAGCUGCAGUGCUGAGUACAUCCCGUUUGCUCCAGGAGAUUACGACGUUAACAUCACAUAUGGGGGAUCCCACAUCCCUGACAGCCCCUUCAGGGUUCCUGUGAAGGAUGUUGUGGACCCCAGCAAAGUCAAGAUCACCGGUCCUGGAGUGGGUUCAGGUGUCCGAGCCCGUGUCCCACAGUCAUUCACCGUGGACAGCAGCAAAGCUGGCCUGGCCCCACUGGAAGUACGGGUCCUCGGCCCACGAGUUGAUGAGAUGGAUUCCCAGUCAAAGCGCAGCCCCUUGAAAGCCAUUUCAGACUUCUUUAAAGGUGACCCGAAGGGUGACCUUAUGGAGACAGGUCUGGUAGAGCCAGUGAAUGUGGUGGACAACGGAGAUGGCACACACACAGUGACCUACACCCCAUCCCAAGAAGGGCCUUACAUGGUCUCAGUUAAAUAUGCAGAUGAAGAGAUUCCUCGUAGUCCCUUUAAGGUCAAGGUCCUUCCCACAUAUGAUGCCAGUAAAGUGACUGCCAGUGGCCCUGGCCUUAGUUCCUAUGGUGUGCCUGCCAGUCUGCCUGUGGAGUUUGCCAUUGAUGCCAGAGACGCUGGUGAAGGCCUGCUUGCUGUUCAGAUAACGGACCAAGAGGGGAAACCGAAAAGAGCCAUUGUCCAUGACAAUAAAGAUGGCACAUACUCCGUCACCUACAUCCCUGAUAAGACUGGACGCUAUAUGAUCGGUGUCACCUAUGGAGGAGAUGACAUCCCGCUCUCCCCCUACCGCAUUCGGGCCACGCAGACAGGUGAUGCCAGCAAGUGCCUGGCUACAGGACCUGGCAUCGCCCCCAAUGUGAAAACCGGUGAGGAAGUGGGCUUUGUGGUUGACGCCAAGACUGCUGGAAAGGGAAAGGUGACAUGCACAGUUCUAACCCCCGACGGUACCGAGGCCGAGGCUGAUGUCAUUGAGAAUGAGGAUGGCACCUAUGACAUUUUCUACACCGCUGCCAAGCCGGGCACCUAUGUCAUCUACGUGCGCUUUGGCGGUGUUGAUAUUCCCAACAGUCCCUUCACAGUCAUGGCCACAGACGGGGACGUCACGGCCGUGGAGGAGGCACCGGUAAAUGCAUGUCCCCCUGGACUCAGGCCCUGGGUCACAGAAGAGGCCUAUGUCCCAGUGAGUGACAUGAACGGGCUGGGAUUUAAGCCCUUCGACUUGGUCAUUCCGUUUGCUGUCAGGAAAGGGGAAAUCACUGGAGAGGUGCACAUGCCUUCUGGGAAGACAGCUGCACCUGAGAUCGUGGACAACAAGGAUGGCACGGUCACCGUCCGCUACGCGCCCACGGAGGUUGGACUCCAUGAAAUGCACAUCAAGUACAUGGGCAGCCACAUCCCUGAGAGCCCACUCCAGUUCUACGUGAACUACCCCAACAGUGGGAGUGUCUCCGCCUACGGUCCGGGCCUGGUGUACGGAGUGGCCAACAAGACCGCCACCUUCACCAUCGUCACUGAGGAUGCAGGAGAAGGGGGCCUGGACUUGGCGAUCGAGGGGCCCUCAAAGGCCGAGAUCAGCUGCAUUGACAACAAAGAUGGCACAUGCACGGUGACCUACCUGCCCACUCUUCCAGGAGACUACAGCAUUCUGGUCAAGUACAAUGACAAGCACAUCCCAGGCAGCCCCUUCACUGCCAAGAUCACAGAUGACAGCAGGCGCUGCUCCCAGGUGAAAUUGGGCUCUGCCGCCGACUUCCUGCUUGACAUCAGCGAGACAGACCUCAGCACGCUGACAGCCAGCAUCAAGGCUCCGUCUGGCCGAGACGAGCCCUGUAUCCUGAAGAGGCUGCCCAAUAACCACAUCGGCAUCUCCUUCAUCCCCCGGGAGGUGGGUGAACACCUGGUCAGCAUCAAGAAGAACGGCAACCACGUGGCUAACAGCCCCGUCUCCAUCAUGGUGGUCCAGUCCGAGAUUGGGGAUGCCCGCAGAGCCAAAGUCUAUGGCCGUGGCCUGUCAGAAGGCCGAACUUUUGAGAUGUCCGAAUUCAUUGUGGACACAAGGGAUGCAGGUUAUGGCGGCAUAUCUUUGGCGGUGGAGGGCCCCAGCAAGGUGGACAUCCAGACGGAGGACCUGGAAGACGGUACCUGCAAGGUCUCCUACUUCCCCACGGUGCCCGGGGUCUACAUCGUCUCUACCAAAUUCGCUGACGAGCAUGUGCCCGGGAGCCCAUUCACCGUGAAGAUCAGCGGGGAGGGAAGAGUUAAGGAGAGCAUCACCCGGACCAGCCGGGCCCCGUCUGUCGCCACUGUUGGGAGCAUCUGCGACCUGAAUCUGAAAAUCCCAGAAAUCGACGGCGGUGACAUGUCAGCCCAAGUCACCAGUCCCUCUGGCCACGUGACCGAUGCGGAAAUUGUACCUAUGGGGAAGAACUCACACUGUGUCCGCUUUGUGCCCCUGGAAAUGGGUGUGCACACAGUCAGCGUCAAGUACCGCGGCCAGCAUGUACCCAGCAGCCCCUUCCGGUUCACUGUGGGGCCACUCGGCGAGGGGGGUGCCCAUCAGAUCCGGGCAGGAGGCCCUGGCCUGGAGAGAGGAGAAGCAGGAGUCCCAGCUGAAUUCAGCAUCUGGAUGCGGGAAGCAGGCGCCGGGGGCCUCUCUAUCGCCGUGGAGGGCCCCAGCAAGGCCGAGAUUACAUUUGAUGAUCAUAAAAAUGGAUCCUGUGGUGUGUCUUACAUUGUCCAGGAGCCUGGUAACUAUGAGGUGUCUAUCAAGUUCAACGAUGAGCACAUCCCGGAGAGUCCCUACUUGGUGCCUAUCAUCGCCCCCUCGGACGACGCCCGCCGCCUCACUGUUAUGAGCCUUCAGGAAUCGGGGUUGAAAGUCAACCAGCCAGCCUCCUUUGCUAUAAGGUUGAACGGGGCGAAAGGCAAGAUCGAUGCCAAAGUGCACAGCCCCUCGGGCGCCGUGGAGGAGUGUCACGUGUCGGAACUGGAGCCAGAUAAGUAUGCCAUCCGCUUCAUCCCUCAUGAGAAUGGUGUGCACACCAUCGACGUCAAGUUCAACGGGAGCCACGUGGUUGGAAGCCCCUUCAAAGUGCGCGUGGGAGAGCCCGGACAGGCCGGGAACCCGGCCCUGGUGUCUGCCUAUGGCCCGGGGCUCGAGGGAGGCACCACAGGCGUCCAGUCUGAGUUUUUCAUCAACACCAACCGAGCAGGGACUGGCACAUUAUCUGUCACCAUCGAAGGCCCAUCCAAGGUGAAAAUGGAUUGCCAGGAAGUCCCCGAAGGAUACAAAGUCAUGUACACCCCCCUGGCACCUGGAAACUACCAGAUUGCUGUCAAAUACGGGGGGCCCACCCACGUUGCAGGCAGUCCCUUCAAGGCCAAGGUGACAGGCCAGCAUCUGGUGAACUCCGCCUCCUCCAAGGAGACCUCGUACAUCUUGGUAGAGUCAGUGACCAGGUCCUCCACAGAGACCUGCUACAGCGCCAUCCCCAAGGCUUCCUCGGAUGCCAGCAAGGUCACCUCCAAGGGGGCAGGGCUGUCAAAGGCCUUUGUGGGCCAGAAGAGCUCCUUCCUGGUGGACUGCAGCAAAGCUGGUUCCAACAUGCUGCUGAUUGGGGUCCACGGGCCCACCACCCCCUGCGAAGAGGUCUCCAUGAAGCACGUGGGCAACCAGCAGUACAACGUCACGUACGUCGUCAAGGAGAAGGGCGAUUACCUGCUGGCUGUGAAGUGGGGCGAGGAACACAUCCCCGGCAGCCCCUUCCGCGUCACGGUGCCUUAAGCUGGCUCCCGUCACAUCCUGGGCAGAGUCCUGGCGGUUGCUCUGGUCGCUAAUUGUAAACUUGUUUUAUACAAAAAUCCUCCAGUCUGCUUGUGGGUCUGAAACCCCAUCCCGAAACCACGGCUGUUCUCCGGGGCUCCAGAAGGCAGGCCCGGACCUGACUCUUUGGGGGCGUGCUGAGGCCUCUUCUGAAACGCCACCCCUCCGGGAGCUGGAAGAACCCUGGCACAUCUCGUUCACGGCAGAACUCUUGGUGGCACAGACCAGCUUGUGCAAACGGAGCAAGAACGGGGGCAAAGCUGACGUUUUCCAAAAUGAAUCUGGCUAGUAGAUUUAUGCGGCCACCCGGACGAGGCUGAGGAGGGGUGGGGAGGCCGCCCCAUCAGCCGGCUUGUCCUGUAGAAGGGCAGAUGGCUCAGAACCAGCUUCCUCUGCUGUGCCCCAGUGGAGGAAGAACAGCCGUGACGUGGACCCCGCCAGUUUUAACGCCAUGCUUUUCCCCACACAGCCUACCCUUCUCCCGACCUUGUUACCUCCAGGUUCCCAGAGCCCCUUCAGCUGGUUUCCUUUGAAAGUCCCUUCCUGGGGUCCUCCUGGCAGCCAUGGCUUCACUCCUUUUUGUAAAAUGGUUUCAGUCAGAGGAAGCUCAGCCACACUCCCCAGGCGUCCGUUGGUUUAACCACCACUUGCCCUGUUUUUAACCCACCUGCACUCUGUCAGCCCCAUACCUCUCACCUGCCUGUGGAAAGUGGCCAUAGGUGACCACCCUCGUGAGCCCAUCAGCCCCUCUGGCAUCCUGCACCACCCAAUCAGCCUCCAGGGCUGCUUUUUCCUGGGAAAUAUUUGUCGAUAAGAAAGAAUGAAAUUAGUCCCUGCCACCUCGGCCUGCAAAGAAUAAGGGAGCUGGAGGGGGGAGUAGGGGAGGAAGGGCACGUCAGAUACAGGGCGAACCGGGCUGCAUCGCGAGCAGGGGACAAGUGUCUGGCCCUGACCUCACGUCCUCGAGGCUGUUUGGAUGCACCCUGGACAGGCAUGGCCUCCGCACAUUCUCUGCACCUUCCCAUGGAUCUCACCGGCACAGGCCACGUAGCAGACCAUACAGGUUGCUGCGGAAGGGGCCUCUGGGGGGAGGACGGGGAGCAGGUGAGUGGUGUUCACCAGGGGAUAGCGACUGGGGGUGGAGUAUGGACGAGAGCCCGCUUGUCAGAAACUGGAGCAGCCGGAAACCUGGCGAGAGAAGGACCACAAGCCUCAUCACUCGGAACAGGGAAGCACAACUGGAAUCCAAUGCCAAGUGUAAAUUGUAUCUUAUAACUUAUUAAACACGAUGUUUGCUCCUU